AUGGUACAGCAAGGUGUGAUUGUCAAGAGGGCUUGUGAGAAGUCCUUCUAUGGUGUCAACUGCAAUCAAUCCUAUCAGUGUAGUGGGCACGGGACAUGUGAUCCUGUCAGAGGCUGUGUAUGUGACAUAGGCUGGGAGGGAGUCAACUGCAACAAUGAUAUUGAUGAGUGUACACUAAGGACAGACAACUGUUUGAUUGGUGAUGUUUGUGUUAAUGCUUUGGGAAGCUAUUCCUGUGUUUGCCCUAUUGGAUAUGUUAGAAAUGGAACUUGUCAAGAUAUAAAUGAAUGUGUUGAUCCUGCCCUAAACAACUGCAACCCACUUAUUGAAGAUUGUGUCAAUAACUUUGGUAGUCAUGUCUGCAACUGUAAGCCUGGAUAUGCAAGAAAUGAUAAAGGGGACUGCAUUAAUAUCAAUGAAUGUGCUAAUGGGGACCAUCAAUGUCAACAAAUCUGUGUUGAUGUGCCUGGAAAAUACAACUGUGAUUGUAACUACGGGUAUAGAUUAAAUGAUGAUAGGCUAACAUGUCUACUAGUGAAAGAUGUAUGCAGUGAUUUUGAGAAACUGAACUGCUCUCAAGGAUGCACAGUAGACUUUCAACAGAACACUUCAUAUUGUUUUUGUGCUGAUGGUUACAAUCUAGUUGGCAAAGACACAUGUGAAGACAUCAAUGAAUGUGAAGUAUCAACAAAGAACUUGUACAGCUUCAAGUCUGGAUGUGUUAACAGAGUACCAGGAUACAGCUGUUCAUGUACCCCUGGGUCAAGUUUGGACAAUGAUGGACGCAACUGCAAUAGAGUUUUCUGUGAUGUGGAUGUGAACCAGUUUACAAAUGGGGAAUUACAGUGUAAUGACAGACAGGAUUGUGUGAGUCAUAUAGGUCCUGAUUCAUGUGUUUGCAAAUCUGGUUACAGACUUAAUGGCACAUUGUGUGAAGAUGUCAACGAAUGUUUGGAUCCAAGGUUAAAGACUUGUCAGCAGACAUGUCAGAACUCUGUUGGUAGCUACAGCUGUGGCUGUUAUAAAGGAUUUGCUUAUAAUGCAUCAACUAACACAUGUGAUGAUAUCAAUGAAUGUGCUCGACAAAUAGACAGAUGUACAAGUGUAUGUAUCAACACAUUGGGCAACUACAGGUGUUCAUGCACACCUGGCUAUGUCCUCAACAGAGAUGGAUAUACAUGUGAUGAUCUCUAA